GAUCAAGACAGAAGGUGUUAAAGGAGUUUUGGUUGCGGACGCACAUGGUUUAUGCAUUGGAGCUCGAGGAACAGCAAACCCAAACUGUGCUGGAUUUGUUACAGCAAUUGCUACACAUGCGAAAGCCUUAAAUGAUGACUCAAAUUCACAAGCUCCAACUACAAAGAUUGAAGCUGAUAAUUCGUGGGUCUAUUUGAUCUCUUUAUCAUUUUGUUUUUUGUAA